AUGGGCCAUUAUGCACCUAGCAAAAUCUGGACUUUUCAUACCGAGGACGUCAACUUGGUGGAGGACAGUGCAGCACGUGGUUCCCUAGUCGCUAUGGACCCGUCGCUCCUCCUCCCCCGUCCAUCGCGUCCGUUCACUCCCUCACAUCCAACGGUGAGAAAUGCAUCCCGGCUUGUGUCGCAACCGGCGUCGUCAGUCUCCCCGUCCUCACUAUCCGCGGCGCCAUUCCUGCGGAGUUCCGCCAGUGCGCGCACAUGUGUUCGCGUGGCAGUAGCGAUGUCAGGGAGAAUUCCGCCGCGAGAACCGGCGGAUUCAGCGCGCACUGGGGGGAGUGGGGGGCGCGGAACGGUAGCGGCGGCGUCGCUGAAGCGCCCACCAGUGGGGCUGGGCGCGGAAGGCGCGCUGGCGGAAGAAGUAGCGGCGGAAGCGGUGGAGGAUCUGCUGGGGGAAGGGGAAUCGGAAGGGGAAGAGGGAGCGAGCGCGGCAGUUGCAGACGUGGCAGGGUCUGAAUCCGACGUGGACCGACCCGUGGUGGAAACGCGGUGUGUGAGGGAGGAACGGGCUGAAUCCGGGACGAGAAAGCAAGUGAGGGACGACCACUGGCGGCAUACACUUAAAGCCCUGGGAGCAUCGGGGCACCGCGUGUUUGCGAUCGACCUGCUGGGGUAUGGGUACUCGGAUAAACCCACUCCAUGCUACCGGAUUAAGAAGGAGCAGCAGCCGGAGCAGGGGAAUGGUGCUGCUGUUGGUGCUGCUGGUGUGAGUGGUGGCGAAUCAGAGUACACGUUUGAGAACUGGGGGCAGCAGGCCGUUGACUUCAUUGACCAGGUGGUGGGCGAGGAGGCUUUCAUUGUCACCAACUCCGUGGGAGGAGUGGUAGCACUGCAAGCAGCAGCCACCCACCCCUCUAAAGUCCGCGGUCUCCUCCUUCUAAACAUCUCCCUCCGAAACCUCCACAUACGAAAGCAGCCCUUCCUCGCCCGCCCCUUCGUUUCCCUCCUCCAAUCCACCCUCCGCUCCACCUCCCUCGGGGAGCAAUUCUUUGCCUCGGUAGCCACGCCUCGCGCCGUGCGUAACGUGUUACGCCAGUGUUACGGCGACCCUGCUACAGUGACGGACGAGCUCGUGGAUUUGAUUCUCAAGCCUGGGCUGCAGCCCGGGGCGGUGGAUGUGUUUCUGGAUUUUAUCUGCUACUCGGGCGGCCCAUUGCCAGAGGAUUUGCUACCCAAAGUGCAGUGCCCUGUGCUGUUCGGGUGGGGCCAGGCAGACCCCUGGGAGCCAGUGGAGCAAGGCAGGACACUCAAGGAUUUCCCCUGUGUGGUCGGUUUUGAGGAGUUCCCAGGGGUGGGCCAUUGCCCUCAAGAUGAGGCUCCCCACAUUGUUAACCCCCUUAUAGAGCGAUUCGUUGCCCAGUAUAAUAAAGUCUCAAGUUAUGGCAACCUAGAGUCUUCCAUACGGUUGCAGACGGCUAACCCAGCAGGGGUAGCCGUCCUCAAUCGGAACAACACCCCUAUCGCCAGGAGUCUCAGCACUAGCUGA